AUGAGUUCCCAGUUUUUGACCAAAAUUGCCGUUGUUGGUGCUGGUGGCCAACUGGGAAAACCAACUUUGCAACAUCUUCUGGCAGCGAAACGAUUCAAUAUCACGUUGAUCACUCGCGAUGGGUCUGACACAAAGUUUCCCAGCGACCCCUCGAUUACUGUGAAGCCGGUAGACUACAACUCCCAAGAGUCUCUUGUCUCAGCUUUCAAGGGAAAUGAAGCUUUGGUUCUCAUACUCAACUUUGCCGCACUCGAACAGACCCAAAUGGAUUUGAUUAAAGCAGCAUCCGCAGCAGGCAUCAAAUACAUUCUGCCCACCGAGUACGGAUCCGACAAUGCAGUCGAAAAGCUAUCAAACAUGGUCCCGAUAAAUGCUUUGAAAGCUGGACCACGCAAUCUCGUUGAAGAACUUGCAAAGACUCAUCCUGGACUCACUUGGAUUGGUCUAGUUAGCAAUCCCUGGUUUGACUACAGCUUGAACAAUGGUGGCUUUGGGAUCAAUGUGAAAACUCGCACUGCUACUCUGUAUGAUGGCGGUGUUUCUAAGUUCAACACAACACUUAUUCCCACCGUUGGCCUCGCUAUUGCACGGCUACUCAGCCUCCCUGUCUCGACUCUUUCCUCACCUAAAGUUGCGAACAAAUUUAUCUACGUAUCGAGCUUCCAUACAACCCAGCGUGAAAUUCUCAGCGCCGUACAGAAAGCAACUGGAACAAAUGAUGCGGAUUGGAAUAUUGACACAUCUAAGACUUCGCAGGGAUUUAUCGAUGAGGGUAAUCAGCUUUUGAAAGAUGGAAACUUCAGCGGAAUGGUGAAUCUCCUGUACGGAACGCUGUUCAACCCUGGCCUUGGGGGCGACUAUGAGUCUACAAAAGGGACAGACAACAAGCUUCUGGGGCUGCCUCAGCAAGAUGAGAGAGAUAUGGCUGUAGUUGUGCAGGAGAUUAUUGAAAACUCUUAG